GGCUGAGGGGAGGCCCGGAGCCUUUCUGGGGCCUGGGGGAUCCUCUUGCACUGGUGGGUGGAGAGAAGCGCCUGCAGCCAACCAGGGUCAGCCUGUGCUCACAGUUUCCUCUGGCGGCAUGUAAAGGCUCCACAAAGGAGCUGGAAGUUCAACUGAGGCUGCUGCUGUCGGCCUGGGGAAGGACCCCGAGCCCUGAGUGGUGCUGCCUGAGACUGGACCUGCAAAGCAUGCACUGAGGCUGCUGCCGGCCCCGCUGUGAGGGGGAGCAGGGUGGGAGCGGCCCCAGCGUCACCCCAGCCAGCCCCAUCCCGGUGGAUCGCUGAGAACACAGCCCGCUCAGGAGAGGCCGGUGAGGCAGGGCUGCUCAGCCAGUCUGGCCUGCGACUCUGGACCCCUCCUGGAGGCCAUGGCCGGGCUGCCCCGCUAAUGGCAUGGUGAAGCAUGUGAGGUGCUGCUCCAGAGCCAAGCAGGAAGAAGAGACUUCCACAGAACUCAUUCAUAAAGACCAACCACCACCUUGCAAGGACCAUGAGGCCACUGUGUGUGACCUGCUGGUGGCUGGGACUGCUGGCCACCGUGGGAGCUGCUACGAGCCCUGAGGACAGUUUUGAGGGUGCAGAGGAUGGCUCGCAGAGAGAGUAUAUUUACCUCAACAGGUACAAGCGGGCAGGCGAGUCUCCAGACAAGUGCACCUACACGUUCAUCGUGCCCCAGCAGCGGGUCACGGGCGCCAUUUGCGUCAACUCCAAGGAGCCCGAGGUGCUCCUGGAGAACCGCGUGCACAAGCAGGAGCUGGAGCUGCUCAACAAUGAACUGCUCAAGCAGAAGCGGCAGAUUGAGACGCUGCAGCAGCUGGUGGAGGUGGAUGGCGGCAUAGUGAGUGAGGUGAAGCUGCUGCGCAAGGAGAGCCGCAACAUGAACUCACGAGUCACUCAGCUGUACAUGCAGCUCCUGCACGAGAUCAUCCGCAAGCGUGACAAUGCGCUGGAGCUCUCCCAGCUGGAGAACAGGAUCCUGAACCAGACGGCCGACAUGCUGCAGCUGGCCAGCAAGUACAAGGACCUGGAGCACAAGUACCAGCACCUGGCCACGCUGGCCCACAACCAGUCAGAGGUCAUUGCACAGCUGGAAGAACACUGCCAGCGGGUGCCUGCGGCCAGGCCUGUGCCCCAGCCACCCCCUGCCACCCCGUCUCGGGUCUACCAACCUCCCACCUACAACCGAAUCAUCAACCAGAUUUCGACCAAUGAAAUCCAGAGUGACCAGAACCUGAAGGUGCUGCCACCCCCUCUGCCCACCAUGCCUGCCCUCACCAGCCUCCCAUCUUCCACAGAUAAGCCAUCGGGCCCAUGGAGAGACUGCCUGCAGGCCCUGGAGGAUGGCCAUGACACCAGCUCCAUCUACCUGGUGAAGCCAGAGAAUACUAACCGCCUCAUGCAGGUGUGGUGUGACCAAAGACAUGACCCUGGGGGCUGGACUGUCAUCCAGAGGCGCUUGGAUGGCUCCGUCAACUUCUUUAGGAAUUGGGAAACAUAUAAGCAAGGGUUUGGGAAUAUCGAUGGCGAGUACUGGCUGGGCCUGGAGAACAUCUACUGGCUGACAAACCAAGGCAACUACAAAUUGCUUGUGACCAUGGAGGACUGGUCUGGUCGCAAGGUCUUUGCAGAAUAUGCCAGCUUCCGCCUGGAGCCAGAGAGCGAAUAUUACAAGCUGCGGCUGGGGCGCUACCAUGGCAAUGCAGGCGACUCCUUCACCUGGCACAAUGGCAAGCAGUUCACCACCCUGGACAGAGAUCAUGAUGUCUACACAGGAAACUGCGCCCACUACCAGAAGGGAGGCUGGUGGUAUAACGCCUGUGCCCACUCCAACCUCAACGGGGUCUGGUACCGUGGGGGCCACUACCGGAGCCGCUACCAGGAUGGCGUGUACUGGGCCGAGUUCCGAGGAGGCUCCUACUCACUCAAGAAAGUGGUGAUGAUGAUUCGGCCCAACCCCAACACCUUCCACUAAGCCCACUCCCCUCGUGGCCACUCAUGGCCGUUGCCAGAAGCCAUCCCAUCUGUGCAGACACCUCAGCACAACUCCUUGCCGGUUCAUCUUCGGUUGGGAGGACGGGAUGCUGGACUCUGCUUUCCAGUCAUUGUGCCAGAUAAUGGAACUGAACAGUGUUCUCUGUCUCUCCUACUUUCUUCCCUAUCAGACAGUCCCUCAAGUUCCCAGGUCAGGACAGGACUUCAGACAACUCUAAAUCAGUUAAGUCCCUUCAAUAAAAACACAACCACCAACCCCCUCAUGACAGACAUGCGUAUGAGCCACCACGUGUGCAUGCUCUUCGACACACACGUGGGAUGUCUAGAUAUAGAUAUGGGUUUGCCAUAUACAUGUAACUCUUCUCUAUCGGUUCACAUGCUGAAGGCAUCUCCAUGGCUUUGUUCUUAGGAGGAAGGCCUUUCCUUUCCUCAUUGCUGUGUUACUUGAGUCUAAGGACAGACACAAGCUUUGUAGCCCAAUGUCAAAGGACAGUCCUUGGCAAUGACGUGCCUGGAUUCCUCCAGGAAUGUCUGCAGGCUCAUCUUUCGCAUGGGGCUUCCUGGCUAUCUCUUCAGAACUCUUUGGGGACCUGGUCAAACUUCAGACGCCCCCCCAAUUCCACUGCUCUAGUUCCCCUUCCUCAGGACUGCUCACCACUCCUCCACCUGGUUAUUCCCCUCAGCCUGUACCUUCUGGGCCUCAGUCCUAGGCUGCUCACUGUAUAGGUCAAGCUCCUCUGCCCCUUCCUUUUCCCCUGGCCUCUCCUGCUCUGCCACACGGGCCUUUCCUUCUAGGCAAGAAUCCUUGGACUCUGAGGAGGAGCAGUCUGGGCUCAGGUUCUGGCCGGGAAAGGGAAGGCCAGGCCAAAAGGCACACUGGCAGCCACAUAGACCUACACUCACAGUUUUGUACCUUCCAUUCAUCCUUUAGCCUCCACAGCAUUUUAAGCUCCAUACAAACAGUAGUUUGCCUUGCCAGGGACACUCCACUGAAGAGCAGUCACUGCCACUGUGUCCUGGCCUCCAGAUGACCGCAGAGCUGAGGUCCUGAACUCACACGACCAGGCUGCAUCUCCCCCAAGCUAUACUUCCCCAGAGGAUGGGGCCACACAAGGGAAAACUGGCCACUUUCUAUGAGUUGCUAUGGCCUCAGGGGCCACUGGUGCCACUGCAGCAUGGUGGCUUCCUGAGUUCUGCUGGGCUCGGAGCUAUCUAAUGACCGCCAAGCCAGGGGCAGCAGAUGAUUCCGGAAGGUGAGACCCUCCUGGUGGGCACAUGUGCCAGGUGUUAGAGGUGUGGAGCAUUCGGUACUGUCCACGUCUGGGUGCGUGCCUAUUACCUCAGCGUUUCCUCACAGUGUACCAUGUAGCAUGUUCUGUGUACAUAAAAGGGAAGGUUGUUCUUUAAUAUAUUCCCAGGUUAUCCUUGUAAUGACACAAAUCUGCAAUAAAAAGCCAUCGGUGCUGCAUGGAUGUA